AAUAUAUUAAUAAUAGGUAUUACGAGGAUUAGUUUUGGCCUAGGUAAGGAAAUUAUUACCCUAGGUAUAGUAAAAGUAGAGACGUACUUCGGAACGAUAACUUUCUAUAUUUUACCCGUUAAUACCCUAUUUCUCUUAUAUCUAAAAAAUAUAGAUUAA